AAAGACUCCACAAACGAAUGAAAACUGAAUCGAAAUUUUGCAACUUUUUAUCGUUUAAGUACGCAGACAGCCUGUGAAGUAAUUUAGAAUACAUGGUGAACUGUACGAAUGCCUCAACAAUGCGUACAACACAACACGGCAUAUUUGGGGCUCUACGAACUUGCGUUCUUUUGCUCUCUCUGUGGAGCAGUGAAACCCAACCAAAAGGUCUUUGAAACAUUUUUAAAUCAUUCGCUGACCGUGUCACGUCGCCAUCUUUCUUUUCGGAAAAUUUUGACGGCGGUGAGAGUGAAAUAUUAAAUAUGGGUACCGUCGAACGUUCUGGUGACGACCACACAUCCGAAAUGGAGUCUGCAGAAGAAGAAGAAGUCGUCGGAAGUGGUGAACUAGCGCAACACCUGUUGAAAAGUGGCGUGACCCGUAAUGAAAUGAUAGCGGCCAUCACAAAUCGCCUUCAUGCAGAAGCGAUGGCAUCCCUACCCCCGAAUGUUCGUCGGCGAAUCCGCGCCUUGAGAACUCUUCAGAAGGAGUUUGUCGACAUUGAGGCCAAGUUUUACAGUGAAGUACAUGCACUCGAAUGCAAAUAUGAAAAACUUUACAAGCCUCUUUAUGAAAAGCGAGCUCUUAUUGUGAAUGGCACAUAUGAACCUAAUGAUGAUGAAUGUCUCAACCCAUGGCGUGAUGACACUGAAGAAGAAGAGUUAGCUCGGGCGGUACAAAAUGCUGCCAUCACUGAGGGUGAGGAAAAGAAGGAUGACAAGGCUAUCGAGCCUCCAAUGGAUCCCAAUGUAAAGGGUAUCCCAGACUUUUGGUACAACAUAUUCAGGAAUGUCUCAAUGCUCAGCGAAAUGAUGCAAGAACAUGAUGAACCAAUUCUAAAAUGCUUGCAAGAUAUUAAAGUGCAAAUGCAUGAAGACCCCAUAAGCUUCACUCUGGAAUUCUACUUUGCUCCAAAUGAAUACUUCACAAAUACAGUACUUACUAAAGAGUACUUAAUGAAGUGCAAGCCCGAUGAAGAGAGUCCAUUAGAAUUUGAAGGUCCUGAAAUUUAUUCUUGCAAGGGAUGUGAAAUAAACUGGAAUGCUGGUAAAAACGUAACUGUCAAGACCAUAAAGAAGAAACAGAAGCACAAGUCCCGUGGGUCAGUUCGCACUGUCACUAAGUCCGUCCAAGCUGACUCCUUCUUCAAUUUCUUUAACCCACCAACUCUGCCGGAAGAUCCUAACUCUACAGUCGCCUCUGAUGUACAGGCGUUGUUGACUGCGGACUUUGAGAUCGGUCACUACAUCCGCGAGCGCGUCGUGUCUCGUGCCGUGCUGCUCUACACCGGCGAGGGACUCGAGGAUGAUGACGAUGACGAUUAUGAAGAAGAGGAGGAUUCGUACUCUGACGAAGACUCCGGUACCGAGGAAGUUUCCGACGUGGAGGAUUGAUACGAGACCGUCCCCCCUAGCCUUCUAUAAGCCUCAGAGGCAUUCGUCCGACUCGAUCGCUUGUAUUUAUUGCAACAAAUAACAUAGGAACCUCUAAAUAAACGCACACGACAUCGCUGUGCUGCUAGCUGUCGUGAUCAUAUCUGGCUCAUAUCAAUUGUAAACGAAUUCUAAAGAAUAGCGCGUCGGGCUCCUUGUAAAUCCCUAGUAUUUAUGUUUCUCGCUACAAGUUUCUAUGCAUGAUUUAUCCUUUGAUUAGAUAAAUAUGUUUUAGAAAUUGAUAUAAGGUCUAUUCCGAAAGAGCAGACUGCGAGAAGUGAUCGGUGCCUUCUUAAUGUGUAAUGCAUGUUUAAUCUUAGAUUUUUGUAAUGAUAAACUACUGAUGCAUUUCUAGUUAAACAAAUUCGUUUUUAUUUAUUAUACAGUCAUUAUAGUGUGUAUUUUUUUUUGUUCACGAGUUUUGCUUAUUCGUUUAUUUUUACUUUGAAAUUUCAUGUGAUAUUAUUAAUCUCUUAAGAUGAUUUGUUUCUUACUUUUAAUGUGUUGUCAUUCCAAUAGUACUGUUGCCGAGGCAGGCUUGUCCUUGAACCGGAAUAUUUGUUGAAUCUCUUAGUGCCAAAAUGCAUUUAAACAAAUUCAUCACUUCAGCAUUGCUAACUGUGAUCUAUUCAAUUUAUAUUUUAUGAUAACUUGACAAUAGCUAGGGAGUAUAGAUAUAUUUUUUUAUUUAUGUAACUUUCUAUUGAAGUUGGCAUAAUAAAGUUUAUGUAUGGCAGCCACUCAGGUAGUUGUACUUGGUUUUAAUGGCUUCUUAUGUUUUUGGCAUGAUGUCGUUAAUAGUGACAUUAAAAUUGUAUGCUUUUUACAAAUGUGUUUUAUUUCACCUCGUUUUGCAUGUUAGUUUUGACGGAGACGAUGCGGAUGGUUGCAGAAUUCACUUACACUGGUAAUGCAAUGUGCCGGUCGAUGUUUUAACCAUAACGCUGUUGUAUUUAGGAGGAAGAGGAAUGCUCGAUGGAGGAGAGCGAAGACGAUGAGCCGGCGCCUCGGAGACGAACCAAGAAACCCGGCAAGGGACCUGCCGAGAACCCCGCUGAGUGCAAACAGCAGUAGCUAUUUAAUUGUAAUGCAGUUCGAGUUUACCGGAGCUUUAUACAACAAUGAUUCUGGUGCUGAUUUUCCUGUUUUCUCUCUUGAGAAAUGAAUUUCGCAGUAACUUAGUCGACUGAUGGUAACAGUAAUAAUGUAUGUACCAGAAUAUUUUUGCUAAAAAAAGAAAUGUGAUAACGAUUAGCUUGGUUUGCACUUUACAACCAUCAGAACUUGUGCAGCACAUUCCUCAUAAUGGCAAUGACUGUACAAUUAUUUUGCCAUCCGCCUCUAUCAAAAUCACGGUGCUGCAGACUCAAUAGGAAAUAAAACCUAUGAUAUAGCAACACUAAUAACUACUCACGGUCUGAGAGACUUGUUAAGUUUCAUUUAAGAUAAUAAUAUGCUUUUGGGCCUUUUAAAUUUAAUUCAUUUGAUAAUAAUUUGCUAUAAUGACUCGUCCACAGGUAGGUUUAGACAUUCAAUAUUCAUCCAGUGAUUAUAUGUAAUUGUAAUAAAAUUAAAUGUUAAUCGCAUGCCGGCAAGUAGAAUAUUUGUACACAACGUUUUUAAUUAAAGUUUAAGAACUA